UCAGUUGCUAUGAUGAUUUUGCAAGAUGGCAGAAACUUGGUGCUGCGCAGAAUGUGACGAAAAUUCGUCCGAGAAGAUAGCACACCUUGUUACUUACACCAUGCUGCGCAGAAUGUGACGAAAAUUCGUCCGAGAAGAUAGCACACGUCGUUACUUACACCAUGGGUCAACCUAAGAGACGAAAAAAGAUCACGCUUGUUUUUGAUGAGGAAAAACGACGAGAGUUUUUAGGAGGGUUUCGUAAAAGAAAAUUAGAACGGAAAAGGAAAGCUCAGGAACAGUUGCAAAAACAAUUAAAAGAAGAACAAAAGAAAAUUAAACAAGAGGCACGAGAACGUUACAAAAAAUUAGUAACGUAUCGGAAUGUCCCAGAAUUAGAAGAAUUAUUAUCUAAGCAAGAAUAUGAUCUGGAAGGACAUACAGUCAGUAUUUUGGAGUUAAACGUAGCGGAGCUUGCAGAAGGAAGUAGGUGGAUAGGUGAAAACAAGAUUGCAGAGAAAAAAGAAGAGGAACAAGAUGAUGAAAGUGAGCAUGCUAAUAAUGAUGACGAUGAAAUUGUGGGAAUGUCAUUGCAAGAGAAACAGAAGAAUCUAGUACAGCAGAAACCUGAAUCUGAUAGUCAACAAAUUAAAUCUUCAAAAGAACUGAAACGGGAAAUAAAGAAAGCAGCACUGAAGCACAUUAAAAAAAGUAAGGCAUUUCAACAAAAGCAGAGAUUGGAACAACAGAAAAAUAAAAAACAGAGUAGACAAAAGUUAUAUAAUGCUCAAAAAGUAAUGCACAAACAUGGUAAACGGAGUAAAAAUAAAUCAAAACAUUAGAAUAUUUGAAAAGUUUGCUGAAUAUAUAAUUUUAAAUAAAUGUAUUUUGUAAUAAACAUUGAUUUUUUUUUAUAUAUA